UUUUGUUAGCGGACGGGUUGUUGAAAUUUGAUCGGAAAUUUACUAUAAAUAGUGACGAAAUUGCCCAAAUUUCUUAUUAAAUAUUAACUGUUGUUCGAAGCCAUGGCCGAUGAAGAUCAGCGCAUUCGUGAUAUCCAGCGCGAAUAUUUGGAUUUCCUGGACGAUGAGGAGGACCAAGGAACCUACACGGCUCAUGUUCGUAAAAUGGUUUCGGACAAUGCCAAACGAUUGGUGGUUAAUGUGAACGAUCUUCGCCGCAAGAAUCCGGCCCGUGCCCUAGCUCUGCUGAACAGUGCCUUCGAUGAGCAGUUGGCGUUCUCGCGUGCCCUCAAAGAAUAUGUUUCCACUGUGGAUCCCAGUUAUGCCAAAUCGCACGAGGAUUUCUUCGUGGCUUUUGAGGGCAGCUUCGGAAACAAGCACGUUACUCCCAGGUCUUUGACGUCGAUAUAUUUGGGAAAUUUGGUUUGCGUGGAAGGUAUCGUUACGAAGGUUUCUUUGAUCAGACCGAAAGUGGUCAAGAGUGUGCACUAUUGCGGUGCUACAAAAAAGGUGAUGGAACGUCGCUAUACAGAUUUGACCUCUUUUGAGGCGGUGCCAUCAAGCGCAGUUUAUCCUACGAAGGAUGACGAUGGAAAUCUACUAGAGACGGAAUUUGGUUUGUCAGUUUACAAGGAUCAUCAGACUUUGAGUAUCCAGGAAAUGCCGGAAAAGGCUCCGGCUGGGCAGUUGCCUCGAUCGGUUGAUGUGAUUUGUGAUGAUGACUUGGUCGAUCGUUGCAAGCCAGGAGAUCGUGUGCAAAUUGUGGGCAACUACCGUUGUUUGCCAGGCAAGCAAGGAGGCUACACAACGGGAACAUUCCGGACGGUACUGAUUGCGAAUAACAUCUCCCAGCUGAACAAGGAAAGUACACUAAACGUCACCCGAGCGGAAAUCAAUCUAUGUAAGAAGUUGGCCAAGCACCAUGAUAUUUUUGACAUGCUUUCAAAGAGUUUGGCUCCAUCUAUUCACGGACAUGAGUAUGUUAAGAAGGCUAUUCUUUGUUUGCUGCUAGGCGGGAUUGAGAAGAACUUGGCAAAUGGAACUCGUCUUCGAGGGGAUGUUAAUGUUUUGCUCAUUGGCGAUCCCAGUGUGGCCAAGUCUCAGCUGUUGCGUUAUGUGCUGAAUACAGCUCCACGGGCAAUCACCACCACUGGUCGAGGAUCCAGUGGUGUUGGGUUGACUGCAGCCGUUACUACGGACCAGGAAACGGGAGAACGUCGUCUGGAGGCCGGUGCUAUGGUGUUGGCUGAUCGUGGUGUCGUUUGUAUUGACGAAUUCGACAAGAUGAGCGAUAUGGAUAGGACUGCCAUCCACGAAGUUAUGGAACAGGGCCGUGUAACAAUUUCCAAGGCGGGAAUUCACGCUGCAUUGAACGCCAGAUGUUCUGUUUUGGCUGCUGCUAAUCCGGUCUAUGGUAGAUACGAUCAGUACAAAACCCCGAUGGAGAACAUUGGUCUGCAGGAUUCUCUGCUGUCGCGUUUCGAUUUGCUGUUCGUCAUGUUGGACGUCAUCGACAGCGACCACGAUCGGAUGAUUUCCGAUCACGUGGUUCGAAUGCAUCGCUACCGCAAUCCGAAGGAACAGGACGGUGACGUUCUCCCGAUGGGCGUGAAUGCGGUCGAUAUGCUUUCCACCAUCAAUCCAGAAACGCGUGACGACAAGGAAACGCCCAUGUACGAGAAGUACGAUCCGCUGCUCCACGGAAGUACCCGGAAGAAAACCGAUCAGAUCCUAUCGGUGGACUUUAUGCGCAAAUACAUUCACAUUGCCAAGUGUCUGAAGCCGAAGCUGACGGAAUCUGCUUGCGAGAUUAUUUCCAACGAGUACUCCCGCCUUCGUUCGCAGGAUUUGAUGGAUUCGGACGUAGCCAGAACACAACCGGUUACGGCUCGUACUCUGGAAACGUUGAUUCGUUUAUCCUCGGCCCACGCAAAGGCUCGAAUGGCAAGGACUGUCACGGAAAAGGACGCCCAGGCAGCGAUCGAGCUGAUUCAGUUCGCCUACUUCAAGAAGGUUUUGGAAAAGGAGAAGAAGAAGCGCAAACGAGCGGAGGACGAUUCCGAUGACGAAGAGCAAGAGGAAGAUGACGAAGGGGAAGUGGCACCGAGUACACAAGAAUCCCGCGCUAGUCGUCGGGCAAAGCGCACUCGUAUUGAAGACCAGGAGGAAUCCGAUACGGAGGACCUGGUAUCGCCGGCACCGGAUUCAGGGGAUCUUACCAGGAGGCAAACAAUUUCGGCUCCGGGAACAAGUGGAAUCACCACACCUUCAACAGUUCCGAUGGAGACCGAAGAGGCGGCAGAGAUUUCCGAUGAAAGAUUGAAGAUUUUCAAGCAAGGUGUUUCCCAAGCGUUCCGACAGGCUCGGGAACAGUCGCUACAGGUGGCUCGUCUCAAACAAUAUAUCGAUGAGAACAGUGGCGCGGAGGCGUUCUCCAAAGGUGAGGUGCAGGCGGCCAUUGCACGGAUGACCGAGGACAACCAAAUCAUGAUGCACGACGGCAUUGUGUUCUUGAUCUAAGUUUCGUUGUCAGUUUCAUUCUUGAUCAUAAUAUGUGUACCUUACUAGCUUACAGUUACGGUUUAUCAUUAGGUUUACAGUUUUUCAUAAUAAAAG